AUGUUCCAUAAAUUGUGUAUCAUGCAACAGAGAAUGAAUGUGGAGCGGGAGACUACCUAUCAAUGGACUGAUGGCAGAGGAAGCAUAGAAGAAUGGGAGGACUUCAUAUCCCUCAAAAGGAAGAUCUUUGAGUGCCCUCACUGUACAUACACUACUCCUGCUAGCCAAACACUCAAGAGGCAUAUUCUUACUCACACUGGAGAGAAGCCAUUUAUUUGCCAGUACUGUCCUUAUAGCACUACGAGAAAAGCUCUCUUGAGGGAGCACAUCAAUACGCAUACUGGAGAAAGGCCGUAUUCUUGUCCCUUUUGUGAAUACCGAUCAUCGCACAAGACCAUUCUGAAGACUCAUAUUCGCAGGCACACUGGAGAAAAACCCUUUGCCUGCUUAUAUUGUUCUUACCGUGCCACCCAAAAGUCAUGUUUGAAUACCCAUUUGCAAAAGCACAAGAUGGAUGGCACAAUUACAUAA